CUUCACAACUCAUGGACUCCUUGGCAAGGACAGCACUUCAAGAUAGGAGACCACUGUUGACAGUCCUCCACCUGCAGCGAAUUGACAGAAGCUUGUCCCGUGGUCUCGUUGGUCAACCUGAGGUUUUGAGCCAGCCUUGUGUCCCACACAAGUGCCUGAAAAUGAGACGGGACUCUUCGCGAGCCCGGCGAUCUUUUGACGCUUUGAUAACAUUCAGACAUUUAGGGAGUGGUCAUUUGUUGUCACUCGGCACGAAGCAAUGUCCACCUUCGGUCGGCGGAUGUCUCCUGCCUCCAGGUAUGGCGCUGAACUGACACCCGUCGGAUCGUAUAAGAAAAGAAAAGGUGCCGCUCAGGACACCAGGUUCUCUCUGCUCAUCGCCGCAUUAACGAGCGUUUACCCUUCGUGUUGUUUGAUCGUCAACUUUGAACGCCGUAUCUCGACAUCACCAUGUCUUCGACCAGCUCCUCCCCAACAUUGCUGGGCAGCAGUCCGCCAAUGGCUCUGGGUCGCAAGGACGAAGAAUCUGGCCUGUUGCCCAUUGAAGAACUCGAAAUGCUGGAUAAAAGGGCGAACGUCAAUGAGAAACCAGUCUGGCUCGACGAGUCCGAGGACACGAUACCCCGGCCAUCACUGAGACAAGUCUUCAUCGAUUAUUCAUGCGUAUUAUUAAACGUCACGUCGACGAUUGCCAUUGUUUUUAUCAACAAGAUCGUCCUGAGCGACGAACAGCUUCGGCAUUGUCAGAUAUCGAUUGCGGCAUACCACUUCUUUAUAUCAUUUGUGGUUCUGUAUAUUGCGGGCCGUUUACUGAAGAUGUUCCCCGUGGUUUUCUUACCCGUCAAGGAAGUCUUCUCCGUUGCAGCAUUCUUCGCCGGUUUCUUGAUCUUGGGCAAUCUGUCCCUCACCUUCAACAGCGUCAGCUUCUAUCAGCUGGCCAAGAUAUUGACGACCCCGACUGUUGUCUUCCUCAAUUUCAUCAUUCUGGGAAAGACGGUGACGGUACCAGUUCUGGUGUCGAUUGCGGCAUUGUGCGUCGGGGUCGGACUCAUCACCUCAGCAUCUAUCUUCUCCAACGUCUUGGGGACGUGCGUCGCCGUUGCCGCAUUCACCAUCACCGCCCUCUAUCAGAUCUGGAUCGGGAAGAAGUUGACGGACCUCAAGGUCUCACCCCCUCAGCUCUUGCUCAACCAAGCUCCCGUGGCGUGCGGGCUAUUGCUGCUACUCUGUGGCUUUGUCGACAAAGUCCCUGUCGUGGAGAAUCUGGACAUGCGCAGUGUCCAUGCACUGGUAGUCUCUGGGUUCGUGGCGGCACUCUUGAAUGUUUCACAAUUCCUGGUGAUCGGACGAACAUCAGCAUUGACAUUCAAUGUCAUCAGCCAAUUGAAGACUCUGGCAAUUGUGGGGUUGAGUUGGUAUCAUGAAAGUCGGGCAUUAUCGAUCAUGGAUGUGAUAGGAGUGGUCAUGACUCUCGGAAGUGCAUAUGCAUAUGCUACUGUUUCGAAAAAGUGACGACAGCGACAUGACUAUGAGCCUUUUUUGCUUUCUACUUCUUACCUACUAUAUCUACUUAAAUAUUUGGAUUAGCAUAGCGCAUAAUGAUACCAUGCUUGGGGCCGUCGGGGAGAACAAUUCAUUACAUUGCAAACGAAACA